ACGCCAAGGCCUCUGACAGACAGAAAAAUCGUCACAACAAUACUUGACCACGCCGUUGUGUCAAACUUAGACGAACGGUAAACUCGAAUUCUUACCUCAUAUAUAGACUUUCUGCACUCGGAUAAUUUUAUUCGACGACGCGGAGAGGUGACGGUAGGUCUGUCGCCCGUGUCAUGAAAAUUUUCAACGUCGUGCUUGCGGGACAUGCUCAAUGUUCAUCAAUUACUCUUAUGUUUAUGGCAGCGGCUUCGAAGGGGAGGAAAAGGGAUAUAAAAGCUGGUCAAAAUCCCUUGAUUUUUCCUCACUCGAACAACCCAUAUCGUCGUUCAAGCAUUUCUCUCUACACUCAUCAUGCAGUUCAAACUCGCCUUUGUCUCCGCCGCUCUCGCUACCCUUGCGGUCGCCACACCUGCUCCUCGUGAUGAGCCGGCGAGCAGCUGCUCUACUGGACCUGUCCAGUGCUGCAACAGCGUCCAGUCUGCCUCUAGCGGCGGCGUCGUGUCCACUAUACUUGGCCUCCUCGGCAUCGUUCUACAGGAUCUGAAUGUCGACGUUGGUCUCACCUGCUCCCCCAUCACUGUCAUCGGUGCUUCUGGAAACAGUUGCUCUGCGCAGGCCGUCUGCUGUGAAGAUAACAGUCACGGCGGACUCAUCUCCAUCGGCUGUGUCCCUGUCACUCUUUGAGCACCCUGAACUCGCUCAUGAUUAUACACGAUGUCCAUUAUACUUUCUAUAAACGAAUCUCAUGCAAUAGUAGUAGUGGACA